AUGCCUACCGCUACUCAAGGUGCUCCUAACGGAGUUCCUACUCUUGAUCUUCCUGAGGGGACUGCAACUCCUCAACCCGAAUCCGCCAACGACAACAUCCGUCGGUUCGAUCCCCCCUCAAGAGUACCAAGUCCUGUACAGAGCAAUCUCUUCCACAACAAGACUAGAUGUUUCGUUUAUGGCAUGCAGCCGAAGGCUGUUCAGGGCAUGCUCGACUUCGACUUCAUUUGCAAGAGAACCACUCCCUCCGUUGCCGGGAUCAUCUACACAUUUGGCGGCCAGUUCGUCAGCAAAAUGUACUGGGGAACCACAGAAACCCUCAUUCCAGUCUACCAAUCGGUCGAAAAGGCCUUCGAAAAGCACCCUGAUGUUGACACCAUUGUCAACUUUGCCUCUUCUCGAUCGGUCUACAGCUCGACCCUCGAAUUGAUGAACGUUCCUCAGGUGCGCUCAAUUGCCAUAAUUGCUGAAGGUGUGCCCGAGCGUCGUGCGCGUGAGCUUCUGGUCAAAUCAAAAGAGAAGGGAAUUACCAUUAUUGGCCCUGCUACCGUCGGCGGCAUCAAGCCUGGUGCCUACAAGAUUGGCAAUACUGGCGGUAUGAUGGACAACAUUGUAGCCUCGAAGUUGUACCGCAAGGGCUCUGUGGGAUAUGUCUCCAAGUCUGGUGGUAUGUCCAACGAGCUCAACAACAUCAUCUCUCAAAACACCGACGGUGUUUAUGAAGGUAUUGCCAUUGGUGGUGACAGAUACCCCGGUACCUCUUUCAUCGACCACAUCCUACGAUACCAAAACGAGCCUGAUUGCAAAAUCAUUCUCCUUCUCGGUGAAGUCGGUGGUGUCGAGGAGUACCGAGUCAUCGAGGCUGUGAAGAAUGGCCAAAUCACCAAACCCAUCGUCGCCUGGGCCAUCGGUACUUGCGCAAGCAUGUUCAAGACCGAGGUCCAAUUCGGCCACGCUGGUGCUUCUGCCAACUCACAACUCGAAACCGCAGUUGUCAAGAACCAGUCCAUGAAGGAAGCUGGUUUCUUCGUCCCUGACACUUUUGAGGAACUCCCACAAAUUCUCGCAGAUGUCUACCAGAAACUUGUCAAGCAAGGAUCCAUCAAGCCAGCCCCCGAGCCAGCAGUUCCCAAGAUUCCUCUCGAUUAUGCUUGGGCCCAGGAACUCGGCCUCAUCCGAAAGCCAGCUGCUUUCAUCUCUACCAUCUCCGACGACAGGGGUCAAGAACUGUUGUACGCAGGCAUGCCCAUUUCCGACGUCUUCAAGGAGGACAUUGGCAUUGGCGGUGUCAUGUCUUUGCUUUGGUUCCGCCGACGCCUGCCACCAUAUGCUAGCAAAUUUUUGGAGAUGGUGCUCAUGUUGACCGCUGAUCACGGUCCGGCCGUCUCUGGCGCCAUGAACACCAUCAUCACUACUCGUGCUGGAAAGGACUUGAUUUCCUCCCUUGUUGCUGGUCUUUUGACCAUUGGGUCCAGAUUUGGUGGUGCGCUUGAUGGUGCUGCUGAGGAGUUCUCCAAGGCUUUCGACAAGGGCUGGUCUCCAAGAGAAUUUGUUGACACUAUGAGAAAGGAGAACAAGCUCAUCCCUGGCAUUGGUCACCGUGUCAAGUCUCGCAACAACCCUGAUCUCCGUGUUGAGCUGGUCAAAGAGUUUGUCACCAAACACUUCCCAACUCACAAGCUUCUCGACUAUGCUGUCGCUGUCGAGACUGUGACUACCUCGAAGAAGGACAACCUGAUUUUGAACGUCGACGGUUGUAUUGCCGUAUGCUUUGUUGACCUGCUGCGCAACUCCGGAGCCUUCUCUCCUGAAGAGGCAGAGGAUUAUCUCCGCAUGGGUGUCUUGAACGGUCUUUUCGUUCUCGGCCGUUCGAUUGGUCUGAUUGCCCAUUUCUUGGAUCAGAAGCGUCUCCGCACUGGUCUCUAUCGUCAUCCUUGGGACGAUAUCACCUAUCUGCUACCAACCUUGGGCAAGGGUGGUGAGGGCCGUGUCGAAGUUAGUGUAUAA